UUCGUGCUGAGGAAUCCUGCAUGCUGUUAGACACAGAUCUAUUUAUUUAAAUUUAUUUAUAUGAAUAUUGUUUAGUAAUACAUAUUUGUAUUAAUAUGUACAUAUACAUACAUAUCUUUUUUAUACAUACAUGAUUUUAUAUAUACAUCCCUGUUUUAUUUAUAUCUAUGUAUUGUUCUGGCUGUAUUUCACGCUGACAGACACAGGUCGGAUUAGAAGCAGAGGUUGACUGACUCCACAAAGUCCACUUGAUCCCUCCAUCUGCUCUCCAUCCGAACUCCCUUCUGGUUCUAAAGUAAAAACAGGUCCACGCGACAUAUAACAGAGUUAUGAGGAGCGCGUGUGCGCGAGCGGCUGCAGCUCGACGUGGACCUGUCAUGUGGUUUGAGGGAAAACCCGUAUUGGAUCCCAGUGGUCACCUGGGCAACGAGGCGAGGGGCUGCUAUGUCCGCUAAUGUCCGACAUGAACACAUAAACAUGACAUAUAUAAAUAUAGAUGACACGCUCUCAACAACACGAGCGAAAUAGACCACGCGCGUGGAAGUUUUAAUGCAGAAAUAAACCGGGAUGAAUACGAUUUAAUCCACUUCAACCGCCGCCGAGCUAUCUGCGUCACGUGAGUGCCGGUAAAUGACAUGUGACGUCUCACAAAAGCCCAAAACAAAAACACCCCGAAAAAAAGACCCACGUUCGUGUUUUUUUUAAACCACAUUUAUAAAACCGAACACAAAUAGUCCACUCCGCAUCUUCUCGGCCGCAUGUCGCAGCUUUGCGCGGAUAAACGCAGCAGUGCGCCGCGGAGCAGCGACACGAAGAAGAAGAAGAAAAAAGAAAAAAGGGAGAGAAUCCAAGGACGAACACAUCCAGAGAGAAGUGACAGGAAAUGAUCUUCCGCCCGUUCACCGACGACCCGCCGACCGGAGCACCGAGCCGCGCGAACACCAAGAGAGCGGCGCGCCUCCAUCCCUCCGUAAACCAGCGCCGUUGAUCCGCCGCAGAAAGCUUCAUGGAGCUGCUGGAGGAGAGUCUGGACGGCGCGAGUCACGACAAACAGGAAACGGAAGAGGUGGUGCAGUUACAGGAAGGAGAGACGGUGGGCACGGAGGAGCAGACUGCAGUGACCAUCACUGGUGUCCCGCAGGCUGCGUUCACUGACCACAAUGUGCAGUACCAGUUCCGCACAGAGAACAGCGGCGGACAGGUGACGUACCGCGUUGUCCAGGUGACCGACGACCAGUUGGAAGCGACGGCCGACGGGACCGGCGCCGCCAGCGUCGUCUCCAGCGCGGCGUUCGCCGGAGCCCCCCAGGCCGUGGCUCAGGCUGUCAUCCAGAACCCUUUCAGUAACGGGGGCAGCCCCGGCGGCGAGACGGUGGGAGGCGAGACGCGCUUCGCUUAUUUCCCGGCCACCACCGUCAGCGACGGGACGGGCGUGUCCGUGCAGGCCGCCGCCGACCCGACGAUAGCGCAGGCGGGAGGCCAGUUUUACGUGAUGAUGAGCCCCCCCGAGGUGCUGCAGACCACGGCCCCCCGCACCAUCGCGCCACGCACACACACAUACACUGCAGACAUCGGUGAAAGCGACAUGUUGCAGCAUGGCAGUUCAAACUGGAAGGUGGAGGGUCCCCGGGCGCCCAGAGACGAGAGGCGGAGAGCACAGCACAAUGAAGUGGAGAGAAGAAGAAGAGACAAGAUCAACAACUGGAUUGUCACGCUUUCCAAAAUCAUCCCCGACUGCAGCAUCGACAGCCGAACCGGAGCGAGUAAAGGAGGCAUCCUGUCCAAAGCAUGCGACUACAUCCGAGAGCUGCGGCAGGGCAACCAGCGGCUGCAGGAGAGCUUCAAAGAGGUGGAGCAGGUGGAGAUGGACAACGAGCUGCUGAGACAACAGAUCGAGGAGCUGAAGAACUCCAACGCGCUGCUCCGAGCUCAGCUGCAGCAGCACGGCGUGGAAGUCAACGGAGAUGCGGCGCCGCAGUGAACGCCACACGAGCUCAACGUCGCACCGCCCCGCUCGCCACCUGAACUAUACCGAGGGGAACGGAACGAGAGAGACUCUGCAUCUGAGAUUGGACCACAUGUGGAGAAGAACGCUGAAGGACUUGAGGCCUCCUUCCUCCUCCUCCUCCUCCUCCUGAGGCCGGACGCUCUGAAUGCGUUUGCCGUGUAACUCGAUGAACCUCUCGCCUCCCGCGUGAAAAGGAAUACGACCUCCUCGCCGCCACGCUCGCACCAAACUUUACUUUUUACUUUUUAAAUUAUAAACCCGCCACAGAGAAAUGUCCCCCCCCUUUUUUUUAUAUUUUUAUGACUUCACCAUUUUUAUUUUAUUUUGUUGUGGACUUUUUGCUGCGUUCUGAAACGACUAAAUGUGGCUCAACUCAUAGCUCUCCUUUGCUUUUAAUUUAUUAGUGUUUCAGGAAUGUGUGCACAGCUGAUUCUAGAAUUAUGUUUUAUAUAUAUUUUUUUCACCGGCAACAAAAGUGUAACCGGCCAAUCAGAUAUUCUCAUCCCCCUCAUCUGUCACCAAGGAUAGUUAAAUAUAGCCGUUGAUCUGUGGGAAAGUUAAGUAGCUUUUAAUAUUAUUUCUGCCUCUUUAUACUGACGCUAGAAGUGCUGCCGAACUUUAUCAACAUAAUCCAAGGUCGGUAAAUAUAAAAACGAUCAUAUUCACCUGCAUGCCUGAUGGCCCCGCCAUGCAGGUUGUACAGAAGCAGGUGGGAGAUUCUGGGCGUUGACGUAGCUCAGGUACCCGGGGUCGUGCGCUGGCCAGUGGUUCAGGCUUCACAGGUGCAGAUGAAUGCUGAUUUUCAUGGUGGGGAAUCUUUUUUUUAAAUUUUAACGGGCAAUAACGUACAGUUGGUUUGUGUAUCUGCUUCAUAGGUCACUGAAAGGGCUUCAGUCUCACUAGUGUUGCUGCAGCUGAGGUUGCUCGUAUGUUUUUAUUUUGAAUUUUUUUCCCCCCCCUCACAUCUUCUCUAAGCGUUUGGGACAGCAGGCCAUGAGGCGACCGUGGUCAGGAAUGUGCUGCGGGCGGUUUGGGAUGCGAGUGAUGGUGGUUGUGACUAACCAGCUCUAUGUCUACACUGGAAGUCACCACAGCAUGGAGAGAGGAGAGAACAAACUAUAACCACUGGCAUGACUACUUCUGAUACUCCAAUAAAACACAAGUGUUUAUACCCGA